AAGGAAAGUUGAAGAGUUGUCAUGCACCUCUCCCAGGCAGCACGGGUGUCUUGUUUCCAUCGCCCAGAACAAGCUGGCAGAGAGGGUGAGUCCUCUCCAGAAUUUACUUUUGGAUGAAAGCAUGCUCUCUUUCCGGUAGAAGAUGGUGACCCUGGAGUAUGAUCAUGGAGAAGGGGAUGAGUUCAAUGGAAGUGUUACCUUCCAAAUCAUCCCAGGUUACAGCUGUAAAGGUGAUGGUGAAGGAGCAUGAAACAAAAUUGAUCCAAAAGGGGAAACCAGUGGGAUUUGUGCUUGUACAUGCAGGUGCAGGUUAUCAUUCUGAAUCCAAAGCUAAAGAAUACAAACAUGUUUGCAAAAGAGCCUGUCAAAAGGCAAUUGAAAAACUUCAGGCUGGUGCUCUUGCAACUGAUGCAGUGACUGCAGCACUAAUUGAACUAGAGGAUUCCCCCUUUACAAAUGCAGGAAUGGGAUCUAACCUAAACCUUUUGGGUGAGAUAGAAUGUGAUGCCAGUAUAAUGGAUGGAAAGUCGUUAAAUUUUGGAGCCGUGGGAGCACUGAGUGGAAUCAAGAAUCCUGUUUCAGUUGCAAAUAGGUUGUUGUGUGAAGGGCAGAAGGGAAAACUCUCUGCUGGCAGAAUUCCACCUUGCUUUUUGGUUGGUGAAGGAGCUUACAGAUGGGCAGUUGAUCAUGGGAUACCAGCAUGUUCACCAGGUAUCAUGACUACAAGGUUUAGUUUAGCAGCUUUUAAGAGGAACAAAAGGAAGCUGGAGUUGGCAGAAAAGGUGGAAACAGAUCUUAUUCAGCUAAAGAAAAGAAGACAAUCAAGUGAGAAGGAGAAUGACUCAGGAACACUGGAUACAGUUGGUGCAAUCGUUGUCGACCAAGAAGGAAAUGUUGCUGCUGCUGUCUCCAGUGGAGGUUUAGCUUUGAAGCAUCCUGGAAGAGUUGGUCAGGCAGCUCUUUAUGGAUGUGGCUGCUGGGCUGAAAAUAUUGGAGUUCAUAAUCCUUAUUCCACAGCUGUGAGUACUUCAGGUUGUGGAGAGCACCUUGUAAGGACCAUACUGGCCAGAGAAUGUUCACGUGCUUUGCAAACAGAAGAUGCCCACCAGGCUCUGCUAGAGACUAUGCAAAACAAGUUUAUUAGUUCACCUUUUCUAGCCAAUGAAGAUGGUGUACUUGGUGGAGUGAUAGUUCUUCGAUCUUGCAGAUGUUCUGCAGAGCCUGACUCUUUACAAGAAAAGCAGACUCUACUAGUGGAGUUCUUGUGGAGUCAUACAACAGAGAGCAUGUGUGUAGGAUAUAUGUCAGCACAGGAUGGCAAAGCCAAGACUCACAUUUCGAGACUUCCUCCUGGAGCUGUGGCAGGGCAGUCUGUGGCAAUCGAAGGAGGAGUCUGUCGGCUGGAGACCCCAGCAAACUGAACAGCUUACUCCUCAGCUCAAUACAGAGAAUGUGAAUGACGUUUUGUACAAUAAGCUCUUUUGUGUUUUAACAGAUGUUGGGAAUUUUUCUCUCAUUUUAUACUCUUUAUUGUAACCACAUGCACCAUAACUUGAGAUAAGUGCUGCUGUUAUUUAUACUCAUUCUGUGUGAAGAGGUGUAUGCAUGCUCAUUUUUCUCUCAAACAAAUCAGAACUCGUCCUAGUUGUGUAGGUGAAGAUAAUGUAUGAUUAAUGUUGCGUUUAAAUUUUCAUUGUUUACAGUUAAAAAAUAAUGCCCUAAAAUGACAGAAAAAAACUAAUUGAAAGAUGUGAUAGUAACUAUCAUUCGUGUUCUAAAUUAGGAAGUAAUGGGCCUCAGAGGUAGUUGUGUAGUAAUGCAAAAGUGAUUGUGGUUUGUACAUUUCUUUUAAGUUUAAGUGGAUCCAGUGGUGACUUAAACACUGCUUCUUCAUCCCCUAUGUGGGGCAUUUUUCUUUUGACAAAGAAUGGUUUCAGUGAAACAAUCUAGAGCAGAAUUAUGGCCAGAAUUGUUUUUAAAUAGUCUUAUAAUAUAAGUUGUAUCUCUCUUCCCAAGCUAAGAUGUUACAUAGCUUCAAGCUGUAUGUAUUACAAAAAAGCUAUAUAAAGAUAAUGUACCGUAAUGCAGUCUUUACUUUGUGUAUAAUGGAAUAUUACAAUGUAAAUAAGAAAACAAAGUUUAUGGAAAGAUUCAAUGCUAUUCUUUGUUUCUUCUUUAAAUAUAUAUUUUAAGAAAAAGAUACAGAAAUAAACAAGCAUAUUACU